AUGGACAAAACGGCCGCAAGGGAAGAAGUCGCCGACCUGUACGCGCCGUUCACGAGUGACACCAUCCUCGAGGUCCGCUCAGGGAAGUUGAAAAAGUACAAGGGGCUCAACAUCGAGUCCGGAAUUGACAAGUCGCUCCUCGACGAGCCGGUGCACGUCGGAAAGCUCGGCAUAGACGGGGACGAGCACGACCUUACAUUUCACGGGGGACCAGACAAGGCUGUUCACGGGUACUGCUGCAGCCAUUACCCAACAUGGCAGUCCGAGUUCAACUCCGCAGCUUCGCGCUUUAUCCCGGGCGGCUUUGGUGAGAACUUUGUCACGCGGCACAUGAACGAGCGAAAUGUCUGUAUUGGUGAUAUCAUGUCCGUUGGCGGGGCUGGCACCAGUGACAUGGACGGUGGGGGGUUGCUCCUGCAGGUCAGCCUGCCUCGGCAGCCCUGCUUCAAGCUGAAUCAUCGAUUCGAGCUUAAAGGCUUUGCGCCAAACACGUGGCGCUUAAGCCGCACCGGCUGGUACUACCGCGUCCUGCGCGAAGGGAACGUCGCGGCCGGCGACGAGAUCCGGCUGGUUGAAAGGCCUCACCCGCGCUGGACCAUCGAGCGCAUCCAGGAGUACCUCCACCGCAACACGAGCGACCUGGCCGCCACUGAGGAGCUGGCUGCCAUUCCUGAAUUUGGCAAGGAGUGCCACGACGCGUUCGUCAGCAGGGCGGCGAAGCUCAGGGCCAAGGCCAGGCGGGACCAGGGUCUGGAGGAAGACGAGGAAGAUGACCCUGCCCAGUGGAGGGACUUCAAGAUCGCCGAGAAGCAGCGGCAGACGGGCCGGAUCAUAUCUUUCGUCCUCGAGGCCGUGGACCCCCUGCCAGAGGCCGAGGGCAUAGGCCAGGGCUCGCACGCCAAGGUCCGCAUCCCCGUCCCAGGGCGGGCCGAUCCCCUCGUGCGCGCGUACUCGAUCGUGGGCGGCGACAGGAACCGCCUCGAGCUUGGGGUCGCCCUUGAGCCAGACUCGCGUGGCGCGUCGCGGCAUCUUCAUGAGACAGCCACGCCGGGAGAUGUCAUCCAAGUCGGCCGUAUCACGGGGAUGAGGCUCGUCACCUCGUGCAGCAGCCACGUCUUCGUCGCGGGCGGCGUGGGCAUCACGGCGUUCCUGUCGCUUCUCGAAGCGCUGAGGAAGUCCAACUUCGACGCGAGUCUACACUACGCCGUGCGCAGCGCCGACGACGUUCCCUUCGCGGGGCGCGUACUGGGACUCGGCAGAGACGUGGUGACCCUCUAUGAUGCUUCCGCCGGCGAGCGCCUCAGCAUCCGCGAUAUAAUCAAAGCUAUGCCGUGGAACUCGAGGCUAUACUUCUGCGGGCCCCCGCGCAUGAUGGACGAGGCUCUGCGGGAGACGCGCGCCGCGGGUAUACCACCCGAGGAGGUGCACUUCGAGGCGUUCCAGGCCGAGUCGGGCGGGGACCCGUUCGAGGCCGUCGUGGCCAACAGGGACGACGCGGAGGUGAAGGUGCGGGCCGACGAGUCCCUGCUCGAGGCCCUGCAGGCGCGCUUCGGCGUUGACCAGGUGCCGUCGUCGUGCGAGGUGGGGAACUGCGGGACGUGUGUGGUCAGGCUGCGCGCGGGGAGGGCGGAUCACCGCGGCUCUGCGCUGGGGGAGGAGGAUAAGGCUGCCGGGUCUAUGCUGAGCUGUGUUAGUCGCGGGGUCGGGAGGAUUACUAUUGAGAUAUGA